UUGAGAAACUGUGUUUGAAGAGAGAGAGGUCGAGCGAGAACGAAAGCGAGAAGUAGUGAAAGCGCUUCAGAAAACGGGCUAGCGAGACGCACUUCAGUCAUCUGAAGAUUUUUACUGCUCAUAGGCAUCCAACUUCGGAGGAUUAUAUCUCUCAUUUAUUUCUACGACUUUCUUUUGACCUUUACUUGGUUUUAGUGCAUCUAAAGAUAUUAUAGGUUUAAGUUUUUUUUUCUGUAGGAGAUAAAAAUAAAUAAAUACAUAAAAACAGUAUCUAAAAAUAAUAGCUCAUUUCUAAACUAGAUUUAGCUAAACUAAACUUUGAUAAAUUCAGGCCACAUUUAUACAUUUCCAAAAAAAAUCACGAUGUCAGUGGCACCGAUUUGCAUCCUCUAAAAUGAUAAGUCAACAUUUAACCUCGAUUUAUAAUAUCCAUCAUUCAGUUAAUUAAAAAAAAAUAAAUAAAGUCAGUUUAUUAAUUUAGCCUACUGUUCCUUGCAGAACUGGUGCGUUAAUUUUCAGUGAGAAAAACUUAUUUUAAAAAUCUGCUUGAGCUGUUUUUUUUUUUUCAGAAUAAUUGUAGCAAAUCACAACACAGUAAACUCCUCAAAACUCCUGAAAAGACGAACCACUGUAGUGCUCCUAACUUCAACGAGAUAUUUGAAACAAGUCCCCGGGCGUUCACAGUCAUGCUCUUCGACAGUUUUGACCUUGUCUCGGCGCUGGUGACGCUGGCUGCGUGUUUAGUGUCUAUGGCACUUCUUCUGGCCGUAUCCCAGCAGCUCUGGCAGCUGAGAUGGACUGCAACACGGGACAAGAGCUGCAAGUUGCCCAUGCCUAAGGGCUCCAUGGGGUUCCCCAUCAUUGGAGAAACAUGCCACUGGUUCUUUCAGGGUGCAGGGUUCCAUGCUUCGAGAAGGCAGAAGUAUGGGAACGUAUUCAAGACUCACCUGCUCGGGCGGCCACUGAUCCGUGUCACAGGGGCUGAGAAUGUGCGCAAAGUCCUGAUGGGAGAGCACAGCCUGGUCACUGUGGACUGGCCCCAAAGUACCAGUACUCUACUUGGUCCCAACAGCCUGGCCAACUCCAUAGGGGACAUCCACCGCAAAAGGAGAAAGAUCUUUGCAAAAGUCUUCAGCCAUGAGGCUUUGGAGAGCUACCUGCCCAAGAUCCAGCUGGUUAUUCAGGAGACCCUGCGGGUGUGGAGCUCCAAUCCCGAGCCUAUCAAUGUGUACCGAGAGUCCCAGCGUCUCUCCUUCCACAUGGCGGUGCGUGUGCUCCUGGGUUUCCGGGUCUCUGAAGAGGAGAUGCACUGUCUAUUCCACACUUUCCAGGAGUUUGUGGAGAAUGUUUUUAGUCUUCCCAUCGAUGUGCCAUUUAGUGGUUAUAGGAAGGGCAUUCGUGCAAGAGACUCACUCCAGAAAAGUAUAGAAAAAGCUAUCCGAGAGAAACCACUCCACUCACAAGGGAAAGAUUAUACUGAUGCUCUUGAUGUGCUUCUAGAGAGCGCCAAGGAAAACAACACAGAGCUUACAACAGAGGAGCUCAAGGAGUCCACAAUUGAGCUGAUCUUUGCUGCUUUUGCCACAACAGCCAGCGCCAGCACAUCUCUGAUCAUGCAAUUUCUGCGACACCCCGCGGUCCUGGAGAAGCUGCGCGAGGAGCUGCGAAGUUAUGGCCUGCUCCAUGAUGGCUGUUUGUGCCAGGGAGAACUACGCCUGGACAGCAUCAUUAGCCUCAAGUACCUUGACUGCGUGAUCAAAGAAGUCCUGCGUCUCUUUGCCCCCGUUUCUGGAGGCUACCGCAUUGCCACACAGACCUUUGAGUUGGAUGGUGUGCAAGUACCCAAAGGCUGGAGUGUCAUGUACAGUAUCCGUGACACGCAUGACACAUCGGCUGUGUUUAAGGAUGUGGAGGCAUUUGACCCUGACCGCUUCAGUCCAGAGCGGAGUGAGGACCGCGAGGGCCGCUUCCACUACCUACCAUUUGGUGGCGGUGUUCGCGCUUGCUUGGGCAAGCGGCUAGCCACUCUCUUCCUCAAACUUCUGGCCGUGGAGCUCGCUGGGGGCAGUCGCUUCGAGUUAGCCACUCGGACGUUCCCCCGCAUGGUUUCAGUCCCUGUGGUGCACCCCACUGACGGCCUUCGCGUAAAAUUCUUCGGCCUUGACUCCAACCAGAACCAGAUCAUGGCCAAGUCAAAUGACAUGCUGGAUGCCACUGUCUGACAGAUUAAGGGGGAGGAAAAGAAAGAGCAGACUUUUUGCCCUCUCUAAUGGUAAAUCAAGACUUUGUCAUCAGAAUUUUUUUCUAAAAGACAGUCUCAUCUGCCAAAAAUGUAUAGUCUAUCAUUUGUAAAGAAAAUGCCAGAAAAUAUAACAAAAAUAUAUAUAAACGUAUUGAACGUAUUGCUACAUCAGGAGAGCACAAGUAAGAUUUGAAAAUAGAUCUGGAGGUUUAAAGGGACAGUCAUAUACGCAUCUUCCAAUGUAGAUGUCACAGGGUAUGGCCAGUUCUGUUUUAACCAGCACAUGACGGGUCUGGAGGAAUCAGUCUUGAAUUUUUUUGUGAUUAGAAGUUAUGUAUGUGUAUGAGUGUUUUACACGUUUUUUGUUUAUUUGAGUGUGUGAAUUGUGAAUCGUCAUUUAUAUGUAUAUACAGUAUGUGUGUUUUUCUGGUUCUUGGUGUGCGCCUGUGUAUGUAAAUACAUUACAUGUUUUUUCUUGUGUGUCUGUGAGUGUGUGUUUGUGAGUGUGUGUUUGUGUGCAUGGACAAGUUGUUAUUCAGCUAAGGUAUUAGGAGUUAGAGUAGGCAGUGUAAACUAGAAUGAAUGGGAGAAUUGUGUAAUUACUCAGGUGUGUUAGCAGUACAGAAGAAGCUUUCAGACUAAUCCAGUACUUGUUAUACAUGCUCUAUACAUAAGUGACAAUUUAUAAUAUUAUUUUUAAGAGAGUGUGAAGAGAAGAAAUAUGAAGAAAGAUAUAUAAAUAGAAAGGGAGCAUGAGAAAAAAUGAACCUGUGCUUUAUUACAGCAAUGUCACAUGACAUAAUCUCUGUCUAAUUUGGCUGUGCGUGUCUGUUUUAAAGUUGGGCUCUCAAAACAAGCUAUAUAGAGGGAAUGAAGGACUCAUUCCUGCUGCAAAUUUAAAAAUGAGUGAUAACUAUGCUGCUUUGGGAGUUGCUUUUUAUUUAUUUGAUGGAGCAGAUUGCCGAUUGAUCUCUAUAAAAGAGAAGGACGCUGCUCGGCAUUGCAUCAAUACAGGAAAAAAUUAUUCUAAAGAUACAAUAGAUGAUGGCGGAACUGAGUGGCCAAUCAUGAAUCAAAACUCCUACUAUAUACCACCAAUCAAGAGAGUUUUCUUGUGAUGCCUUUGAAGAGACUUAAAGGCCACAGGAACUCUACAUGUGGAUGACUUGCUGUAAGUUUAAUUGGUUGCUGUAGGUUUGAUUGGACUGGUUGAAAUGAGAAACCCAAUGGGGCUCUUCCUUCACUUCCUCUCAGGCUGCAAAAUAAUUUUCUUUGAUGAAAUAUGCCACUGAUCUUUUUUCAUGAAUGAAUGAAUGGAUGAAUUAAAAAUAAUUAAUGUCUGCUGCUUUCAGUGUGCCAUUUUCUAACAGAGAGUAACCUUUCUCUGCAGUUGAGAUUUGCAAUUUCUGAGCAAAUGUUCAUGUUGUGAGUGCAAAGAGGGAUUUAGAACUUUCACCUACAAUGGGUAAAGCAUAUUUGCAUUGUCUAAUAUCCUCAUAUUCUUACUAUUAAUAUUAUUAUUGUAAUAAGUCUUAUUAUAUGUGCUAUUUUUUGUUAUAUUUCAGAAUAGAGUUCUAGUAUAAGUAAAGUCUGUUGGUAAAUACUGUUCUAUUUAGAAUGAAAUGAAUUUCAGUUAUAUUGUAAACAGUGUUUAAAUGUUAAUAUGGUUUUAUCUUAUUGUAAUAAUUAUAAUUUUGUUAUCAUUAUUAUCUUUGCAUUAGUUAAUAUUAAUAAACAGAAGCACUUGCGAGGUAUGUUUAUUUUUGGUGCGACUUUGCUACAUGUUCUGUUUUUUUGUUUUGUUGUAUUUUUGAGUUUGUCUUUACAAAUAUUUGAUUGCUUUUUACAAAUUCACAAUUCACUUAGUUCAAAUAUGAAUGUUUCUCCUUU